AUGCCCGCUGCGCCGCCUCUCGCGUUCGCGACGCUCGCAGAGCCCCUCCCCUCCAAGCCGUACAUUGUCGGCAUCACGCCCACGUCGCUGUCCAACCACCUGGUCCUGCAGCACGCGGCCCCCGAGCUCACUCUGGCCGACAACCAGACUCUCAAGGCCGUCGACCAACUCAAGGGCGUCCACACCCAGCCCAUUACCGGCGUCGUUUGUGAGGCUGGCAGCAUCUGGUCGUCUUCCAAGGAUGCUACUAUUGUGCGCUGGGACGAGCGUUCUCGCCGCCCAGCUACGACCGUUAAGGCGUUCGUCCGUAAGGCCCUCCCGGUCACAGCCCUCGCCGUGAGCGACUCGGACCACCUCGUGAUCGGUGGUACCGAACUCGUCAGCUCUGAAGCUCACAUUCUCUUUUGGGACACGCGCAACCCGAACCAGCCGGCUUACAAGCACGCCUCGACGCACGCCGACGACAUUACCCACCUCUCCCUCCUCCCGCCCACGCAGUCAUGGCAGGCCUCUGCUCCAGGCCACAAGCUUCCCUCCCGCCUCCUCCUCUCGGCAUCGACCGACGGCUGCGUCGCGCUCUCGGACCUCCGCGAGACGGACGAGGACGAGGCCCUCCAGUGCGCUGAGAACUGGAACCAGUCCGUCGCGGCCGCAGGCGCGUACGAGCACAAGGGGCGUAUGGGCAUUUGGGCCCGCAGCGACAUGGACAACAUGGCCAUGUGGGGUGUGGGCAUUAGCGACGACUCGGAGGGUGAGCUCGAGUUUAACAACCUCCAAGAGGUCCAGUCGGCCCAGUUCAAGUUUAAGGACUUCAACACCCCGCAGGAGGGGCCCAGCGUUGUCAACCCCGUCGGAACGGAGAAGCCAUACCCUGCCCAGCUCAAGACAGAGUACCUCAUCGACGUGUGCCCCUCGCUCGGUGUCGGCAAGUCGUUUGCCCCCAUGGUCGGCGUGGGCACCAACGACGGCAACAUUGUCCUCCAGCACUCGGCCGGUGCGGGCGAGUACGCGCCCUCGGCAUUCUUCGUGUCUGGGCCCGGCGCUCGCGGCCACAAGGACGUCGUGCGGUGCAUGUAUCACGCGCAGCGCGACGAGGCCCUGUACACCGGCAGCGAGGACGGUGUGCUUGCCGGCUGGUCCCUGUCUUCCCUGCCGCGUUUGGUUGUUGGUGACCCGGCCAUUGACGAUGAUGGAGGCGAUGGCCGUGAGGAUAUCGACAGCGACAAUUCCGACGACGAGGAGAGCGAGAUUGAGACGGAGGAGAGCGACAGGAGCGACAACGACGAGGACGACAUGGACGUCGACGAGGGACCCCGCUCGGGACCUGUCCUUGGCGGUGGCCGUGCAAAGGAGGAGAGGAAGGACAAGCGUAAGGGCAAGCGCCAUGCGCCGUACUAG